AUUCGUCCUUUAGCUUGCCAACUAUUUUAGCCAUCUAACUUUUCAAGCGGUUGCAUUUGCAAUCCUCUAAAAUCGUAGCAGUACACCGGUACUCUCAGCCAAAAACCCUAAACCUUGUAUAUGCAGACGAACAUGGGUUCUUCCUCACUGAGAAUCCAAUAUCUACCAACGGCUUUGGACCCCAUAAGAAUUCAUAAAAUUCAAGUGAGAUAUGCAACAACAAUAACCUGUGGCUUGAGAAAACCCUUGAGGGCGAGAAGGCGUAGUGAUGGGGUUUUGUCUACAGAAGCAAUACAAGCAGUUCAAUCUCUCAAAUUAGCUGCCAGAAACCCAUCUAAACUAGACCAAGUAUUCGAAUCCAAACUCACUCGUCUCUUAAAAGAUGAUUUGUUGGAUGCUUUCUCCGAAUUACAGAGGCAACAACACUUAGACCUUGCUCUAAAGGUGUUUGAAUUUAUGAGGAAGGAAGCAUGGUACGAACCAGAUCAAUCUCUAUAUGGUGACUUGAUGUUGAUGUUUGGAAAGAAGAAACUAAUAAUUACAGUAGAAAAUCUUUUCUGUGAGCUUAUUAAAGAAGGCUUAAAACCCAAUACACGAGUCUAUACAGAGUUAAUUGGAGCAUAUCUGAAAGUGGAAAUGAUAGAGAGGGCAAUGGAAGCAUAUAAGUUGAUGAAGGCAUCAGGUUGUGUACCUGAUGAGUUGACUUUAACGAUUAUGAUAAGAAAUUUUGAAAGUGCUGGGGAAGAAGAACUUGCUUCAAUCAUUAAGAAUGAUUGUGUUGAAUAUUUGGAUUCUCCAAAAAAGUUUCUCAAAGAAGUCGCAAGAAAAUAUCCGAGGAGAUUGAGACUGAACCUGGUUUGAAAUUAAGAAAAGCAUCUCAUAUGUAAAAGUGCCAUUUCCUAUCUUAAUUAGCCAGUAAAGGAAACUUUACAAUGCUGUUUGUUUUGUCCUUCAUUUUUUUUUCAUGCAUAUUUAUGAAAUUUAAAUCAUUUAGGAAUUUCCACUACUUUAUUAUGGUCGAGAAAUUUAAAUUCGAUAUCUAACA